AAGGAGAGCAAAAGCCUGUGGUCUCGAAUCAAAGACGACUGCUCCUUUGUUGAUGACAACUCUCGACUAAGCUCAUGGCUAUUUGCUUCCAAUCCUCACGGAACUCAAAUGGCAAAUUUAAUAUGCGCCAUUGACCCAUUGUACCUCUACGUGGCGAAAGUGACGGAGGGGAGAUACGGUAUCAGCCCAGGAAGAGUUACCAAGGCAAUUCAAUGGGCAAUUGAUCAAAAGGUCGACAUCAUAUCAAUGAGUUUUGCCAUUUUGGACACAACCGAAGAGUUCCAAAAGGCGUGUGCAACGGCAGUAGAUGCAGGCAUCGUCCUAUUCUGCAGCACCCACGACGAGGGAGCAAACAUAGCCACCGCGUAUCCGGCCAGCUUCAACGACACCAUCAAGUUGAUGGCCUGCGACGAAUUCGGCGCGCCGACCAGGAACAUGAAAGACGGCUACGACUACACCAUCCAGGGAAUCGACGUGGCAGCGGGCGUCGUGCCGUUCCUCGAAUCCGACGAUCGCAUCUCCGGCAGCUCCGUUGCCACGGCCAUUGCCGCCGGGCUGGGCUCCCUGAUGCUGUCGUGCGAUCGGCUCGCCAACGGGGGGCCGUCGAGAGUCUACUCUAGAGGCGGCAGGUCUGAGCUCAUAAAGGCGUAUUUUAGAGACAUGUUGGCAGAGAAUAGCGACAAAUAUAUCUUGCUGGAGAAAUUUGCUGGUGUUGACAGGAAGCUCAAAGAUUGGACGAGCAUCUAUGCUGGAGCCAUUAUAGAGGAGUAUUUCCAAAAGGCACCAAGAUGA